UACACCACCGUUCACUGGAACAUCUGUAGGCACACAAACACUCUACCCUUCAGCCUUCAGCUUGCCACAGUCAAACUAAACAGUCACUGACUCUUCCCCAAGUCCGACCUUAAUUCCUGGCAUAGCCGCAGGGAUUCAGAGAGGGAUAAGCAGCCCCUCUGGCCUUCAGUGCCAAAACAGAGUGUUUCACGUCUGCAAGCAGGAAGAGUACUACUUCACCUCUCUCUAAGAUAAAAGACCUACUCACAAUCAAAAUGUCACUGCAGAUGGUAACAGUGGGUCAUAAUAUAGCCUUAAUUCAACCAGGCUUCUCACUGAUGAAUUUUGAUGGUCAAGUUUUCUUCUUUGGCCAAAAGGGCUGGCCCAAGAGAUCCUGCCCUACUGGAGUCUUCCAUUUUGAUAUUAAGAAAAAUCAUCUCAAACUGAAACCUGCGGUUUUCUCUAAAGAUUCCUGCUACCUCCCACCGCUUCGUUACCCAGCUAUUUGCUCCUACAAAGGCAGCUUAGAGUCUGAAAAACAUCAAUAUAUCAUCCACGGAGGGAAAACACCAAACAAUGAGCUUUCCGAUAAGAUUUAUAUCAUGUCUGUUGCUUGCAAGAACAACAAAAAAGUUACUUUCCGUUGCACAGAGAAAGAUUUAGUAGGAGAUGUCCCCGAAGCCAGAUAUGGUCAUUCAAUUAAUGUGGUAUAUAGUCGAGGGAAAAGUAUGGGUGUUCUCUUUGGAGGACGGUCAUACAUGCCUUCUGCCCAGAGAACCACAGAAAAAUGGAAUAGUGUAGCUGACUGCCUGCCCCAUGUUUUCUUGGUAGAUUUUGAAUUUGGGUGUGUUACAUCAUACACUCUUCCAGAACUUCAGGAUGGGCUAUCUUUUCAUGUUUCUGUUGCCAGAAAUGAUACUAUUUACAUUUUGGGAGGACAUUCACUUGCCAAUAACAUUCGUCCUGCCAGCCUGUAUAGAAUAAGGGUAGAUCUUCCCCUGGGUAGCCCAGCAGUGAAUUGCACAGUCUUGCCAGGAGGAAUCUCUGUCUCCAGUGCAAUUCUCACUCAAACAAAUAAUGAUGAAUUUGUUAUUGUUGGUGGUUAUCAGCUGGAAAAUCAAAAAAGGAUGGUCUGCAACAUUGUCUCUCUAGGGGAUAACACAAUAGAAAUUAGUGAAAUGGAGACCCCAGAUUGGACCCCAGAUAUUAAGCAUAGCAAAAUAUGGUUUGGAAGCAGCAUGGGAAAUGGGACUGUUUUCCUUGGCUUACCAGGAGACAAUAAGCAGACUAUGACAGAAGCAUUCUAUUUCUAUAUGCUGAAAUGCUCUGAAGAUGACGUGAGUGAAGAGCAGAAAACCUGCCCAAAUAGUCAGACAUCAACAGAAGAUCCCGGGGACUCCACUCCCUUUGAAGAUUCAGAGGAAUUUUGCUUCAGCGCAGAAGCAACGAGUUUUGAUGGUGAUGACGAAUUUGACACCUACAAUGAGGAUGAUGAGGAUGACGAGUCUGUAACCGGCUACUGGAUAACAUGCUGCCCUACUUGUGAUGUGGACAUCAAUACUUGGGUUCCAUUCUAUUCAACAGAGCUCAAUAAACCUGCCAUGAUCUACUGUUCUCAUGGAGAUGGGCACUGGGUACAUGCCCAGUGCAUGGAUCUGGCAGAACGCACACUCAUCCACUUGUCAGAAGGAAGCAACAAAUAUUACUGCAAUGAGCAUGUGCAGAUAGCAAGAGCAUUACACACUCCCAAAAGAAGCCUGCCCUUACAAAAACCUCCAAUGAAAUCGCUCCACAAAAAGGGUUCUGGGAAAGUCUUGACUCCUGCCAAGAAAUCCUUCCUUAGAAGGUUGUUUGAUUAGUUUAGCAAAAGCCCCUCAGAUUCAGGUGCCUGGUUCUUAGACCUACUUUUUAAAUCGUAAUAGCGAUAUAAAUUGUAUUUUGAUUUUUGUUUACUGAAAAUCUCUUGAUGUGCUUUGUUCAUAUGAGUUAAGUGCUAGUUUUAAUGUAAUGUUAAAUAUAGCUUUUUAAUGUGUACUUUUUAACAUUUUAUUCAAAAAUUACUUAAAUGAGAAAUGUUAUCAAAUUUUAUUCGGAAUAGCAGUGAUAAAGUGUACACAGAACUCUUUUGUCAUUUUGUCACAAUCUACAUGUUGAAUAGUAACGAAAUACCAAUAAAUAAACUAA